AUGGCCGACUCACGCAGAAUCUGGGAAUACCGAUACUCCUACACGUUGAUGGGCACCUACCGUGCCAAGACACAGAUAUCACGGCGUCCAUCCCAGAGCCGCGAUUUCAAGCUUCUGGCCGAGUCCGGCGCGAAUAUUGCUACGACCAAAUUGACAGUCCCCGUCUUUCACCUGCGUUUGACAACGACCCGCCUGAUCACCGGUAUGUUCGACGCGAAGGCUAUUACGAUGGAUCGAACAGCCCUCGACAGCGGUAUCGCCGAAGCCUCGAUGGCAACUCAGCGUAUAGAGCUAACUCCUCUCGCCGCCGAAAUCCACCAACACGAUCUCGACCCGCAUCGCCUGCACGUCCGAGGCAAACACCACUCGCACCCCCACCGCCUUCAGCGGGUCAUCGGUCAGCUGAGGACGAUCUUCGACAACCGACCCCGAGAAGAUGAGGGUUCGCUUGGGAGUCCAAGCACAUUCCCUUCCCAACGCUCCCCUGCACCUAGAACUUCAUAUGACCGAUACCAUGAUCGAUCUCCACGAAGCCGAUACACAGCAACACUACCGGAAUAUGAAGACAACAACACCUUCGAGCCGCUACAUGUACAUCGCGUGCAGAGAAUGCCGUCGUCUUUCGUCCCAGGCUACGGUGGUCGCGCCUCACCACUCCGACACACCCACUCUUAUGAGGCGGAGAUACAAGAACACCUGAGGACCAACGACUUGAGAGGUCACGGGCCGUUCAGAUACUGGGGUGGGGUUCCGAGGAUGCGGUUCGAUGACUACGCAUGGACGCACGGGGACCAUGGUCAUGAGGGUCCGACCUCGGUGAGGAGUGGCCAGGAUAGGUGGCUGGACUGGGACUGGCAGACAGCCGAGUACAAUCGAGGUCGACAUUCUGCGGAGAUGUUUUACAGCGACAACAGCCCCCCUGUUUCGCUACCACCUCCUCCGAUUGGUAUGCAUCGUCAUACGAGGUGGGAGAGUGGCUGCGAGGAUGAAGUUCCUGGAACCUACACCGGCAGGCGCUGA